UCCCAUCAAUUUCCAACAUGGAUUCCAGCAACCUAAAUUAACAGCGUUUGGUGCGUUGUUUUCCCUUUUCUUCUCCCUAAAACAUUGUUUUGUUACUUGUCUGUAUUAACAGUCUCACAGUUAACCAGUAGCGAAAUACAAAGAGUACAGCAAGAAUUGCCUAAGAAAUGAGGCAACUACGAAAGAAAAGUAGGACACCGGGGCGUUAGGAAGACUGCGUUGUUUCAGCCGGGACUUACAUCGUGGAACACCAAAUCGCUUUCCUCUCACUGUAGAGUUUGUUGGUUUCCUGCUUGGUUCAUUCACAAGGGUGUAGUGGAGUUUGUCUUUUUUUUUAAUUAAUACAUUUAGUUUGUAUUACGGAAACAAUGACUGAAGAGACUGAACGAGCUGAUGGCAGGAUCGUGAAGAUGGAAGUGGACUAUAGUUCCACUGUUGACCAGCGACUUCCUGAGUGUGAAAAGCUGGCUCAAGAUGGACGACUACAAGAAGCUAUCGAGACCCUCCUGUCUUUAGAGAAGCAAACACGGACUGCUUCUGACAUGCCAUCUACUUCUCGCAUCUUGGUUGCUGUAGUAAAAAUGUGCUAUGAAGCAAAAGACUGGGAUUCUCUUAAUGAAAACAUCGUACUUUUGUCAAAGAGGAGAAGUCAGCUGAAACAGGCAGUUGCUAAGAUGGUUCAACAGUGUUGCACCUAUGUUGAAGAAGUGUCUGAGCUGCCAGUCAAACUGAGGUUAAUUGACACAUUACGCACGGUUACAGAGGGAAAGAUUUAUGUUGAAAUUGAACGUGCUCGAUUAACAAAUACUUUGGCAAAAAUAAAGGAGCAGAGUGGAGAUGUUAAAGAAGCUGCAAGGAUCCUUCAGGAACUUCAGGUUGAAACCUAUGGUUCAAUGGAGAAGAAAGAGAAGGUAGAGUUUAUUUUGGAACAGAUGCGGUUAUGCCUAGCAGUGAAAGAUUAUAUUCGAACUCAAAUCAUCAGUAAAAAAAUCAACACCAAGUUUUUUCAGGAAGAAAACACUGAGGAACUGAAGUUGAAAUACUACAAUUUGAUGAUACAAGUAGAUCAGCACGAAGGCUCUUACCUCUCAAUCUGCAAACACUACAGAGCAAUCUAUGAUACACCCUGUAUCCAGGAAGAUAGUGCAAAGUGGCAUCAGGCCUUGAAGAGUGUUGUUCUGUAUGUAAUUUUGUCACCAUAUGACAAUGAACAGUCCGACUUGGUCCACAGAAUUAGCACUGAUAAAAAACUAGAAGACAUUCCUAAGUAUAAGGACCUUCUGAAAUUGUUCACUACUAUGGAAUUGAUGCGCUGGUCUUAUUUAAUGGAAGAAUAUGGGAAAGAGUUACGAGAAGGUUCUGCAGACAGUCCCGCAACAGAUGUUUUUACUUAUACAGAAGAAGGUGAAAAACGAUGGAAGGACCUCCGAAACAGAGUUGUAGAGCAUAACAUUCGAAUAAUGGCAAAAUAUUACACAAGAAUCACAAUGAAGAGAAUGGCACAGCUACUUGAUCUGUCAGUUGAUGAGUCGGAAGAGUUCUUGUCAAACCUUGUAGUAAACAAGACCAUCUAUGCUAAAGUAGACAGACUGGCUGGCAUCAUUAACUUUCAGAGGCCAAAGGACCCCAAUGACAUUUUGAAUGACUGGUCCCAGAAACUGAAUUCACUGAUGGCCCUUGUUAAUAAAACAACUCAUCUUAUAGCCAAAGAGGAGAUGAUCCAUAACUUGCAGCAGUAGAGUACUGGGUCAGUGUUGUGUCUUUUGAAAAGACAUAUCUAAUUAGGUUGUCCUGACUACCAUGCAGUGUAAAAUGGAUUUCUGGUGUGAUCCAUUCCCUUUUGAGAUCAUAUUCUGAAAUAAACCUGAAGUCUGUUGUCUAUAUGUUUUUACAGAUUGUAGUGUUCAUAAAUAUGUUUAUAUGAAAUACGACCAUUCUUCUAUCCA